GUCCAAGACUGGAUCUCCAGUAAAAGCAAGCAGUAACUUGCAGAAAGAAGAGAAACUUUUGCAGAGUUACUCCAUGGGAAUGCCAGAAGUCAAUACAGUUGAAAGACAGCACGGAUGCCAGCCCCAUAGCAAGCAGUACACAAAUGCAAAGUCCGCUGGAGAUCCUCUGAAAGUAAUCUUUGAAAGCAGAUGUUAAUGAUGAGUUAUGCGGUAGAAACUAAUGAGCAUUGUUUCAGCUCCACCUCUAAUAAUACAGAGUGGUGAUUCUUAGGAAGGAAACAUAGUAUUUCUCCUUUUGAACUGCAAUUGCUUGAGUAGUUUGACAGAAGUUCAUACCAGUUUAUUCUCUGGAAUAACAGAAAUUGAAGAAACAUUAAAAAGUCCUUGUAGGCUUUGUCAAACAUUGAUUCUCCUCCUGGCUGUGAGCUGGAGCCUACAAUGAAACAUAAUUUUGCUUUUGACAACAUGGGCUACGAGGAGAGCUUUGAAACCACUCCUUCUUCAUCUUCCCAAGAACGUACUGUGACAAUCAACAUUGUGGGAAUGACUUGCCAAUCAUGUGUGCAGGCAAUAGAAGGCCGGAUUUCCAAGGUGAAGGGCAUUGUGAGUAUUAAAGUCUCCCGUGAACAGAACAAUGCUGUUAUCAAGUAUCUGCAGUUGGAAAUAAGUCCGGAUCAGAUUUGCCUGGAAAUUCAGGAUAUGGGCUUUGAUGCCAACGUAGCAGAAGAGAAGUUGACAACAGCAACCAUAAAUCUGUCGAGCUUGAAAGAAGCAGUAGUUAAGCUUCGCGUAGAAGGUAUGACAUGCCAGUCCUGUGUCACCAACAUUGAAGGAAAGAUUAGGAAACUGCAUGGUGUAGCAAAAAUCAAGGUGUCACUUGGUAACCAGGAAGCAAUUAUUGCUUACUAUCCUUACAUCAUUCAGCCUGAUGACCUCAAGAGACACAUCAAUAACCUGGGGUAUGACUGCACCAUUAAAAGUAAAUCAGCCCCUUUGAAGCUGGGUGUCCUUGAUCUCCAGCGCUUGCAGAAUGCAAACCCCAAGAAGACACCAGCAAGUUUUGAGGGUGAUGGGCUGGAUCCACUGGUUGCUGAGAUGAGUAGCACAGCUACGGUGACUGUACAGAUAGAAGGCAUGCACUGCAAGUCCUGUGUCAGAAACAUUGAAGGAAAUAUAUCAGCUGUUCCUGGAAUAAAAAGUAUUAAAGUGUCUUUGGAGCAAAAAUGUGCUGUGGUAGAGUAUAGCCCAGAUUUAAUUACCCUGUCAGCUCUGCAGCAAGCUAUUGAAUCCCUUCCACCUGGAAACUUUAAAGUAUGCCUCCUUAAUGGUUCAGAAGCAAAUAAAGGAGCAUCUCCAUCACCUGCUUUCACAGGUGAUCUCAUCAAACAACCACUGCAAGACCCGACGUGCAUAGUUGUUAUUAAGAUUGAUGGCAUGACCUGCAAUUCUUGUGCACAGUCCAUAGAAAGGACCAUAUCAGAGAGACAAGGAGUGCAACAGGUAGCAGUUUCUCUAGCUGGCAGUACUGGAACCAUACAUUAUGAUCCAGCUGUCACUAACGGCGAAGAGUUAAGAGCUGCCAUAGAAGACAUGGGAUUUGAUGCUUCAGUGCUGACAGAUACCUCCACUGCAGAACAUAGGCACCAGCCUAAUGCCAGCAAAGCUGCAGUGCAGCCUCGACCUUCAGAGCCUCCUCACCAAGGCUGUGUCUUGGAUGCUCUUCCAGACAGUCCUCACCUUGAUGGGUCAAACCAGCUCAGUGGAGCAACAGCUGAAAAGUGUUUUUUGCAAAUCACAGGCAUGACCUGUGCAUCAUGUGUGUCUACCAUCGAAAGAAAUCUGCAGAAAGAAGACGGAAUUGUUUCAGUGUUGGUAGCACUGAUGGCAGGCAAAGCAGAAAUAAAAUACAAGCCAGAAUUCAUACAGCCUUUUGAAAUAGCACAGCUGAUCCAGAAUUUGGGUUUUGAAGCUACCAUCAUAGAAGAUCAUGCAGAAACAGAAGGGCAUGUGGAUCUUCUUAUUACAGGGAUGACUUGUGCUUCUUGUGUUCACAAUAUUGAAUCCAAACUCAUGAGAACAAAUGGCAUAUUUUAUGCCUCAGUUGCACUUGCAACUUGCAAAGCUCACAUCCAGUUUGAUCCUGAAAUUAUUGGACCUCGAGAUAUUAUAAAAAUAAUCAAGGAAAUUGGCUUUCAUGCUUCUGUGGCUAGAAGAGAUCCAAAUGCACAUAACCUGGAUCAUAAAAAGGAAAUACAGCAGUGGAAGAAAUCUUUCUUGUGCAGCCUACUGUUUGGUAUCCCUGUCUUAAUCAUAAUGAUUUAUAUGCAAAUACCCAAUGGUGAGCACCAUGGGUCUAUGGUGCUGGAACGGAACCUCGUUCCUGGAUUAUCUAUUUUGAAUCUUCUCUUCUUUAUCCUGUGCACUUUUGUUCAGUUUCUUGGCGGAUGGUAUUUUUAUGUACAAGCUUACAAAUCCCUGAGGCACAGGAUGGCCAAUAUGGAUGUGCUCAUCGUACUGGCCACGACGAUUGCUUAUGUGUAUUCCUGUGUGAUCCUGAUAGUGGCGAUAAUUGAAAAGGCAGAGGAAAGCCCUGUUACUUUCUUUGACACUCCUCCAAUGUUGUUUGUGUUCAUUGCACUUGGCAGAUGGCUGGAACACAUAGCAAAGAGUAAGACCUCAGAAGCUCUUGCUAAACUUAUGUCUCUUCAAGCCACAGAAGCCACUGUGGUGACUCUUGGACCUGACCACUCUAUUGUCAGGGAGGAACAGGUAGCUGUUGAACUGGUUCAAAGGGGUGAUAUCAUAAAAGUUGUUCCUGGUGGAAAGUUCCCAGUGGAUGGAAAGGUCAUUGAAGGCAGUUCUAUGGCAGAUGAGUCUCUCAUUACUGGGGAACCUAUGCCAGUCACUAAAAAGCCUGGGAGCACAGUGAUUGCUGGUUCUAUAAAUGCACAUGGCUCAAUUCUUGUUAAUGCUACUCAUGUUGGUAGUGAUACCACUCUGGCACAGAUUGUGAAAUUGGUGGAAGAAGCUCAAAUGUCAAAGGCACCCAUCCAGCAACUGGCAGAUAAGUUUAGUGGAUACUUUGUACCAUUUAUCAUCAUCAUUUCAACAGUGACAUUGAUAGUAUGGAUCACAAUUGGUUUUAUAAAUGUUGAUGUUAUUAAAAAAUAUUUUCCUAAUCAGAGCAAACACAUUUCAAAAGCUGAACUAAUACUGAGGUUUGCGUUUCAAACCUCAAUCACUGUGCUGAGCAUUGCAUGCCCUUGCUCUUUAGGCCUGGCUACCCCCACAGCUGUAAUGGUGGGCACAGGAGUGGCUGCACAGAAUGGUAUUCUCAUCAAAGGUGGAAAACCCCUGGAAAUGGCACACAAGAUCAAGACUGUAAUGUUUGAUAAAACUGGGACCAUCACCUAUGGAGUUCCUAAAGUCAUGAGGGUGCUUUUGUUGGGAGACACAGCUGUGAUCUCCCUGAAGAAGAUACUGGCGGUUAUUGGCACUGCAGAAGCCAGCAGUGAGCAUCCUUUAGGAGUGGCAGUCACUAAAUAUUGCAAAGAGGAGCUUGGCACUCAGAGUCUGGGAUACUGCACCGACUUCCAGGCAGUCCCAGGCUGUGGUAUCAGCUGCAAAGUCGGAGGAGUUGAGGCCAUCCUCAGCACAGCCAAUCAGGGUCUCGAUAAUCUGGAUGCUAACAGGAGUGGGGACAGCAGGGCUCCUCUGGGAGAUAAUGCGGUGAUCACGCUCUUGGAAUCACGGGGUCCGUCACCAUCUCAUACAUACUCAGUGUUGAUCGGAAAUCGUGAGUGGAUGCGACGCAAUGGCUUGAAUAUUGCAAAUGAUGUGAAUGAUGCAAUGACGGACCAUGAAACGAAAGGACAGACUGCCAUACUAGUGGCUAUAGAUGGUGUGUUGUGUGGAAUGAUUGCAAUAGCAGACACUGUCAAGCAGGAGGCAGCCCUUGCUGUGCAUACACUGAAAAGCAUGGGAAUAGAUGUGGUGCUGAUAACGGGGGACAACAGAAAAACUGCGAAAGCCAUUGCUACUCAGGUUGGGAUCAAAAAAGUGUUUGCCGAGGUUCUUCCUUCUCACAAGGUUGCCAAGGUCCAGGAACUCCAAAAUGGGAGGAGGAAGGUUGCAAUGGUUGGUGAUGGAGUCAAUGAUUCCCCUGCACUAGCCAGGGCUGACGUUGGAAUUGCAAUUGGAACAGGCACCGAUGUUGCCAUUGAAGCAGCAGAUGUUGUUCUUAUCCGAAACGACUUGCUGGAUGUAGUUGCCAGUAUUCAUUUAUCGAAGAGAACAGUUCGAAGAAUACGAAUAAAUCUAAUUCUUGCCUUAAUUUAUAAUCUGCUUGGAAUACCCAUAGCAGCAGGUGUGUUCAUGCCUGUUGGCCUUGUGCUUGAGCCUUGGAUGGGAUCAGCUGCAAUGGCAGCUUCUUCUAUGUCUGUCCUGCUGUCUUCCCUGCAGCUGAAAUGUUACAAGAAGCCAGACACAGAAAGUUAUGAAGCUCGAGCUCAAGGCCACAUGAAGCCACUCACUCCUUCUCAAAUCAGUGUUCAUAUUGGAAUGGAUGAUAGAAGAAGGGAUUCUUCCAGACUGGCUCCUUGGGAUCAGAUUAGCCAAGUGUCUUUCUCUUCCUUGGCUUCAGACAAGCUGCCAAGACGUAAUGGUUUUGUUGAGGAGGAAGGGGGAAAGUGGUCAUUGCUCAUGAAUGGAGGAGAUGAGGAACAGUACAUCUGAAGCAGUGCAUUCUUAGUACAGAGAAAUGUUUCUCUUCACCAGUGUUGGGAGGGAUUGACUUGUUUCAUCAAGAGCUUCAAGGUUGUAAAUGAAGUUACUCCUUCAGCUCAUA